AUGGAGACCAUGACAAAUCUUGUCGUUGCAAAGGAGCCUGGUGCUCCUAAGACUCUUCCUCCUUUGAUUUUCGAGCCCAUGGUCAUCCAUCUGGACGAUGAAGACAGCGUCUGCAGCUCUCCAGUGAGCGAGUGCGGCUGCGAGAGCCCGGAGGAACCGCUGCCCUCCUUGAGCGGUAUCUCUGUGGACUCAGGGGAGGUACUGCAGGUUCAGCCUUCCCCCCUCGCUAUCAUCUUGGAAGAAUACCGCACAGCACUCACGGCAGAGGUGCCUUCCCUUGAGCUAUGCGAAGCAUACGAGCAGGCGGUCAUCAGCUACCUGUACUACAAUCCAGCCACCGUCGAGGACGUGGAGCUGCUUAUACCAGAAUUCAACAUCAAACCCUACACCAUUACGGGCAAGCUCGCCUCCAACAUCGGUUACUUUCACGGUAAGGGUCGCAUUUCCGAGCAGCAGGUAGAGGACAUUUAUGUGGCGCUGAUUGCACAGGGUGAUCCAGAGGUCAACGAGGUUUUUGAAAAGGUUCGCUCCGCCGUGAUUCACUUCAAGCGUCAGGCAGAGGAGAACAGGGCUUCUUGGCGGGAGUAUAUGAAGCAGUGCCGUCAAUAUGCCGGUUGGUGUUCUGUCCAGCAGCAGCAGCAGCAACAGGCACUGGAUAUGUGGAAUUCCGCCAUGCUUGGGAAUACCCAACCACUGGCUGAGGCGCAACCGAAGAAAAAGAAGAAGAAGAAGUCUACUUGGGUUCCGGAGCCGGAAAUCGAUCUGGAGACCUUGGACGAGUGGGGGCGGGUGGAAGCGCAGCAGAAAGGUGCGGAGAAGCUCUUCCGUCAUUGGAAGAAGAAGUACACGGUGCGCAUUCCCGUGAACGAGACGCGGACUGUGGUCGCUUCAGUGACACCCCCGUCGGAAGCGGAGGUAGCGAAGUUCGACGAUGUUGAGAAUGGGGGCUCUUGGAGUCAGACUAAAGCCUCUUCGGACUGCCUUUUCGAAAGCGAGGACGAGGUCGAGUCUACAGGUGCCAGCACCAGAGCCGCUGCCGCCGGAGUCCUCCCCAGUCGUCCUUCCAGUGAUCAAGAAGAUCACCUGCCUUCGCAUUCGUAUCUGAGCGGUGGAAAGGCAGUAGCGGCCAUCUUGUCAGACGAACCUUCUUCUCACCUUCCCAGAGGAAGACUUUCUCUCGUUGUCAUUACUCACUUACACUUCGCCUACCAUUUCACUUUGGGAGAAGAGGCAAUUGGUCACAAGUCUUCGUAUUUCAUCCUAUGA